CCUGUGCAGUAGUGGCUGGCUGGGCUCUGAGCAGAUAACACAGUUGUUGGUUCUUGGCAGAAACAGAUCACUUAGAAAGGAAAGAUAAUUCCUUCUUUGAGUCACAACAAGGCGAAGCAUAAAAAGAGUGAAGAGAUAGUAUGUGAGAAAAAGGACAGGAGUUUUUACUUUAUUUUUAAAUAAAGCACACACAAAAAAGCUAUGCUUCUCCAAUCAACAAUGAAAAUGUUUUUAGUGGCUGAGAAAUCUUACAAGCAUUGACUUAACUGGACACCAUGACUGGCUGGGUGAGCUUGCUGAUAAGUGUUGAAGCACUACUUUUGUCAGUACCUCACCUGAGUUUACAUAUUGAGCCUGAAGAAGGCAGCUUGGCGGGUGGAACAUGGAUCACAGUUGCAUUGGAUGGUUUGGACUCGAGUGUGCUUUACUCCAGCAACGGCUCUCAGCUGGAGAUAAGCCUGGUGAACGUGGCAGAGCCUGCCCUGCCCCGGGUCCCCUGUGACGUCUCUCCUGUUUUCUUGGAUGCGCCUGUGGUGAUGUGCCAGACCAGAUCUCUGCCAUCCGAAGCACAUGAGGGUCUGUACGCUCUGGAAGUGCGCUCAGGCGGACAGGUUGUGGGUAGCCCAGGUCCAGGACCACAGGACAACUGUACUUUCAAGUUUUCUAAGGCACAGACACCCGUUAUUUACCAAGUUAAUCCCCCAAAUGGAGUUCCAGGAAAAUUAGUACAUAUAUAUGGCUGGAUUAUCACUGGGAGGCUGGAAACCUUUGAUAUCGAUGCUGAGUACAUUGACAGCCCAUUGGUCUUGGAGGCUCAAGGAGAAAAAUGGAUCACUCCCUGUUCUCUUAUAAACAGGCAGACGGGAAGCCACUACCCUCUUCAGGAAGACCAUGGCCUUGGGACUCUGACGUGCCGUGUGGAAGGCAAUUACAUAGGCUCUCAGAAUAUUAGUUUCUCAGUAUUUAACAAAGGAAAGUCAAUGGUAAACAAAAGUGCAUGGCUGAUCAGCGCUAAACAGGACCUUUUCCUGUACCAGACACAUUCAGAAGUACUAUCUGUGUUUCCGGAAACCGGGAGCCUUGGAGGAAGAACGCACAUCACAAUUACAGGAGACUUCUUUGACGGCUCUGCCCGGGUUACCAUUGCAGGCAUUCCGUGCGAUAUUGGCCACGUGUCUCCCAGGAAGAUUGAGUGCACCUCCAGGGCUCCAGGAAAAGGUGCGAGGCUCACUGCUCCUCAGGCAGGCAACCGAGGGCUGCUUUUUGAAGUUGGAGAUGCUGCUGAGGGCUUGGAACUGACUGAAGCCAACCCUGGGUACAGGAGGCAGAUUGUGCCUAAUGCCAGUUCUCCAUUUGGAUUUUGGUCAAAGCAAGGACAGCUUUUCAGAGCACGACUCAGUGGGUUCUUUGUGGCUCCAGAGACAAAUAAUUACACAUUCUGGAUCCAGGCAGACAGCCCAGCUUCCCUGCAUUUCAGUCAUUCGGAGGAACUGAGGACCAAGGCGGAAGUGGCCUCCAUUCGAGUUGGCACUGCUGACUGGUUUGACUCCUGGGAGCAGAAUGGGACCUGGACCGAUGAAGGGACUUGGCAACAGAAGAGUCCCAAACUGGAGCUGUUGGGCGGAGCCAGGUACUACCUGGAGGCCGAGCAUCGUGGGAUAGCCCCCAGCAGCGGAAUGAGGAUUGGCGUCCAGAUCCACAACACCUGGCUGAAUCCUGAUGUGGUCACCACUUACCUCCGAGAGAAGCACCAGAUCAGUGUCAGAGCCCAGAGACUUCCAGAAAUACAGAUGCUGAACGUAUCAGGCAGGGGAGACUUUUUCCUUACUUGGGACAACAUCUCCAGCCAGCCAAUUCCUGCAAACGCCACGGCCCACCAGAUUCAAGCCACCAUUGAAGAGUUACUUGCAGUAAAAUGCAAGCUGGAACCGCUGUCAGCUAACACCCUGCUUCGACUUGGAUUUGAACAAGGUCUGGAAGGCGCCAGCUCCGAUGGGGACCUCACCAGUGGGACAGAGCCCUUCUGUGGCAGAGUCAGCCUCCGUCGGCCUCGACAGCUCGACCUGAUCCCCGCUGCUGCUCAGAAGGGCUAUCGGCUGGAUCAGUACCCGCAUCUGUGCAUGGCAUACAAAGGCCACAGGAACAUGACCCUGAGGAUGACUGUGUCCUUCAUAAUCGGCUUUCGAAACAUCACCAAGAACAGCACCUGUGACUGGAGUCUCACGGGCACCAGCCCCGAGAGCUGGCAGUUCGCCUGCACCGACCUUCGGGACGUGUGUCCGCGUCACCCCGGGGAUCUCCAGCUGCCUCCGGCCAACGCCCCCGUGCUGGUUCGUCACAUCGCCCUCCUCUCUCUGGCCCGAGAGACAGGCCUGCUUUACGUGGACGAAAUUAUUAUUGCAGACACAAACCUCACAGUUUCCCAGGAUCAUUCUGCAACAGCUCGCCCCGGCGGAAAUCUGGUGGAAUCCAUCUCUGUGGUGGGAUCCCAUCCAGUCUACAACGUAACCGCCUGGGUGACAGGAUGCGGCACGGAGCUCCCACUCAUUGCUGCGUGCUCUGUGCCCAUGGGAGGAACAGAAGACGCCGGGCCGGCCCAGGUGACAGCACAAAGACUGCAGAAGACAGGUCCACCGUUGGGAGGACACUUUCGCAUCCACUUGUCUAACACAGUGAUUCCUGAUGUCCCUGUGCACGUGUCCGCUGGUCACCUUCACAAGCUCUUACAGGACAGUGCUGAUGACUUUACAUCCAGAUACCUCAAUGUCAGUGACUUCACUGUCAAGGAGGGUCGAAACUCUUGCUAUGAACGUGUAUGGACCCUUUCCUGGUCCACCCAAACUGGGGACUUGCCCAGUUUUAUCGAGGUCUCUGAUCAGAAUCUUACGGGGGUGAAUCCCACUGUGGCCAUCCGCGUGGUGUAUGAUGGAGGAGUUUUCCUUGGACCCAUAUUUGGAGACAUGUUGGCUACUGCUCACCAGCAUACUCAGGUGGUUGUGCGAGUGAAUGACGUACCAGCCCAAUGUGUGGGUUCCUGUUCUUUCCAGUACCUCCCAGGGUCAACUCCCAGGGUUCAUUCCAUGUGGUAUUCUCUUGAUGGUGACACCAACCUACUGGUUUAUAUUACUGGAACUGGUUUAUCCGGUGAUUCCAAGACCUUACAGGUUAUGGUGAACAGAACAAGUUGCAAAAUUAUUUUCUCAAACCAAACGGUUGUGGUGUGUCAGGCAGACCUGCUACCAGUGGGCGUGCAUCAGGUCUUGGUGUUGGUGAGACCCUCUGGUCUAGCUGUCAAUGCCAGCGGAGAAGACCUCCUCCUAUACCUGGAACCCAGGCUGGCCUCUGUGGAGCCUUCCAGAGCUGCAGAGAUUGGAGGGCUCUGGGCCACCAUCCGAGGCUCUAGUUUGGAAGGUGUUAGCCUGGUGUUAUUUGGAUCUCAGUCUUGUGCAAUUAAUGUCACUACAAGAAAUUCACGAAGAAUUCAAUGCAAAGUUCCACCCAGGGGGCUGGAUGGUUAUGUGGUGAAUGUGACUGUAUUCAGCGGGGACCACUCUGCAGUUCUGCCAGGAGCAUUUACGUAUGUUUCCUCUUUAAAUCCAGUGAUCGUGUCUCUAAGCAGAAACAGAAGCAGUGUAGCAGGAGGUGAGAGCCUUUUCAUUGGAAUGGCGCUUCUGGGAAACUACGCAGAUCUGGCUGUGGAAGUCCACAUCCAGGAUACCUUGGUUCAGGUCCAUACACAGACAGCUCAGGGCCUGCAGGUAGUGCUGCCCUCGCUGCCCCCCGGCCACCACAGACUUUCAGUUUGCAUCAAUGGCAUUGGCAUUCACUCGCAAGGGGUCGAUCUGUACAUCUGGUACACCACUGAAGUCUUCAGCAUUGAGCCUUGCUGUGGCUCCCUCUGGGGUGGGACCAUCCUCAAUAUCUCUGGAGUAGGGUUCAGCAGUGACCCCGCUUUGGUUUGGGUCCUCAUGGGCAAUCGGUCCUGUGACAUUGUGGACUUAACCGAUAUACACAUCUUCUGCGAGACCCCAUCGGCUCCCCUGUUGUCCGGGGCAGAUUCUCUCCCUGUCCCCGUGGAGGUCUGGGCUGGCAACGUGUCUUUCGUCCAUGGACCUGCACCAAGCUUGGUGGGGAAGGGCUUUACUUUCACUUAUGAAUCAGCAGCAACCCCGGUGGUCACUGCCAUGUGGGAAGAAAUCACCAAUAGCAGCCUGAAGUUUUAUCUGGAAGGAAAUCACCUCUCUGACUCAGUCGUCCUUCUGGGGAGCUUGAAAUGUGACCUUGAGACCCAGUCCUUGUGGGGCAACAUGAGCCUGUCUGGGUGUGCCUUUCCUCUUCACGGUCUGGAGGCAGGCAUCUAUACUAUCCAAGUCCGACACAAGCACCUGGGGCUCGCUGAUAUGUCUGCAGUGCCGCAGCACUUUGUAGUGAUGCCUCAGAUGGCCCCCAUCUUUCCAAUGCCCAGGCUGGCAUGUAGCGGGACAGUCUUCACCAUGAGGAGGGUGACCCUCAACUCUAGAAGGUCUGCUAAGGUUGACCUUUUAGGUCCUUUUAAUCAUGUGAUACUGAGUUUGGGAGAUGACGUAGUUGUCUGCCAGGUCAGUCUGGUGGGUGAGCAUGUGGCUGGAGCUUCCCUCACUCUGAAUGUCACAGUCCUGGUGGAUGGAUCGGCCAGCAAAUGUCAGGGGGCCUGCACUGUCUUCAUGCAGGGAGAGACAACUUCUGUCAUGGACAUCUUGACUGCAGACACCAAUGGGUCCCUGAUCACCAUUCUAAUGAUGGAUCAGAGGUUGGACAAUGCUGCUGCUGAGCCAGUAGUGUCUGUGGAUAACCAACUUCCUUGUGACUGGACUUCCUUCAACGCGAGCUAUGUGGUAUGCCACAUCAGCAGCUUGACUCCAGGACCCCACUACUUGUCUUCUGUCCACACAAGUAAUGGCUGUGUUUGUUGGGGUGAUGCUUCCAAGUACUUCUCCAUCGUGCCUCAAGUGUUUCAUUAUUACCCUAGGAAUUUCAGCAGGCAUGGUGGGAGCCUCUUGGCCAUAGAGGGUACGGCCCUGACAGGGCAGAACACCACCUCAGUCUACGUGGGCCAGCAGGCCUGUCUGACUGUGAACAUCAGCUCUGAGCUCAUCCAGUGCAUUGUUCCUGCAGGAAAUGGCUCUGUUGCUCUGGAAAUAGAGGUGGAUGGAACUUUGUACCGCAUAGGAGUCAUUGAUUAUAGUGAUGCCUUCACCCCGGAAUUGAUCUCUGUUUCUCACAUUGGUGACGUCCUGACCUUCGCCGUGGCCCGCAUCUCAGGAGCUGCCAAUGUGGACGUUUUUAUCGGGACGUUCUCCUGUGCAGGUGUUUCUGGAAACAGCACAGUUAUCCGGUGCAUGGCCCCUUUUCUUCCUGCUGGGGAAUACCAUGUCCGAGGCUAUGACCAUUCCAGAGGCUGGGCCUCAUCUGCUCUUGUGUACACAGUGAGAGUUACUGUUACAGCAGUGACUGAGAAUUUCGGCUGUCUGGGUGGAAGGCUGGUGCACGUGCUCGGAGCGGGGUUCUCCCCAGGGACCGUCUCAGCAGCCGUGUGUGGUUCUCCCUGCCGAGUCUUGGCAAAUGCUACCGUGUCUGCUUUCAGCUGCUUGGUUCCUCCCCUGCCCGUGUCCUUGGCUUUCCUCUGCGAUGUGAAGCCGGAAGAGGACAGGUGUGAAGCCGCCGUCCACACCUACGUGCGGUGUGAGCUCACCAUCGCUGUGGGAACGCAGAGGCUGGCUGAGUCGUGGCCUUACCUUUACAUCUGUGAAGAGAGUUCCCGGUGUGUCUCUUCGCCAGAUCAGUGGACAGAGCCAGACUUUCCAUCCUUUUCAGGCCUCUUCCUCAGCCCUAAAGUGGAAGGAGAUGAAGUUCUCAUCUAUAAUAGCUCCUGUACCAUUGCCAUGGAAACUGAGGCAGAGAUGGAGUGUGAGACGCCUAAUCAGCCAAUUACCACCAAGAUUACUGAGAUACGGAAAAGCUGGGGCCAGAACACUCAGGGUAACUUUUCCCUGCAGUUCUGCCUGCGAUGGUCCAGGGCUCACAGCUGGUUUCCUGACAGACCCCCACAAGAUGGCGACAACGUCACAGUGGAGAAGGGCCGGCGGCUGCUGCUUGACAGGAAUACCAGCGUCCUCAAUUUGCUGCAUGUUAAAGGAGGCAAGCUGAUUUUCAUGGGUCCAGGGCCUAUUGAGCUCAGGGCCCACUCCAUCCUUGUUUCUGAUGGUGGAGAGCUCCGGAUUGGAUCAGAGGACAAGCCCUUUAAAGGCAAAGCUCAGAUCAAGCUCUAUGGGAGUUCCCAUUCUACUCCCUUCUUUCCCUACGGUGUCAAGUUCCUGGCUGUGAGGAAUGGAACUCUUUCACUGCACGGUUCCCGGCCAGACGUAACUGUCACCCACCUUCGAGCAGCUGGGCGUGCUGGAGACACAGUGCUGGCUCUGGAGGACGCUGUGCGUUGGCAGCCAGGGGACGAAGUUGUCAUUGUCAGUGGGACAGGGGUGGAAGGCACCAGCCUGCGGGAAGAGACCGUCACUGUGGGGACCGUGCACCGCGCAGACCUCCACCUUAGGUCACCCCUGAGAUAUACUCACAACUGCACAGAGAAUUGGUUGGUUGGAGAGCGACAAAUUUUAAAGGUCACAGUUGCUCUGCUCAGCAGGAGUAUUACUAUAACAGGAAAUCUCACUCAGGAGAGGAGGAAGUUUCUUGCUUCAUGCCCAGAGACCAGUGUUCCAGAAGGUAAUCUGCAGCACUGUUUAUAUUCCAAGAGUGAGAAGGUGCUGGGAUCCAGGGAUCUGGGGGCCAGAGUCAUCAUUCAGUCUUUCACGAAGGAGCCCAGCCGGGUCCAGCUGGAGGGGGUGCAGUUCCGAGACGUGGGGCAAGCCUUCCGUAAGCACCUGAGUUCCAUCACUCUGGUGGGAGCAAUGAGAGGUUCCUACAUGCGGGGCUGUACAGUUUGGAGCUCUUUCAGCAGGGGGCUUGACCUGGGCAGGACCUGGGGCCUGGAGGUGGACAGUAAUGUGUUCUACAAGAUUUUAGGCCAUGCCCUGCUGGUGGGGACACAUAUGGAGAUAAGCUAUGUCCCCUGGGAGCUGAUUCUCAGAAGAAAACUUGGCUGGUCAGAACAAGGGAACAUAAUAAGAAACAAUGUGAUCAUCAGUGUUUCUGGUGCUGAGGGUCUCUCCAGUCCUGAAAUGUUGACUCCUUCUGGAAUCUACGUUGGCAGCCCUACCAACGUCAUAGAGGGAAACAGAGUUUAUGCUGCUGGCUAUGGCUACUUUUUUCAUCUUGUGACCGGCCAAACAUCGAAAGCACCACUCCUCUCAUUCUCCCAGAACACUGCACAUUCCUGCACGAGGUUUGGGCUCUUUGUGUACCCCAAGUUUCAGCCACCUUGGGAUCAGGACACUGGCCCUACUCUGUUCCAGAAUUUCGUGGUUUGGGGAAGUGCAGGUGGCGCUCAGAUUUUCAGAAGUAGCAAUCUCCACCUGAGAAACUUCCAAGUUUAUUCAUGUAGAGAUUUUGGAAUUGACAUCUUGGAAAAUGAUGCAAAUACCUCAGUUACAGACAGCUUAUUACUGGGUCAUUUUACCCACAAGGAAAGGUUAUGUAUGUCAGCUGGAAUUAAGACUCCUAAAAGAUGGGAUCUGGCGAUUUCUAAUACAGCCUUUGUUAAUUUUGAUCUCAUCGACUGUGUGGCCAUCAGAACUUGUUCUGGCUGUUCUCGAGGACAGGGUGGAUUUACUGUGAAGACCAACAAUUUGAAGUUUACAAACUCUCCACAUUUAGUAGCAUUUCCAUUUCCUCAUUCGGCAGUUGUAGAAGACUUGGAUGGAUCUUUGUCUGGGAAAAACGGAAGUCACAUUCUGGCUUCUAUGGAAACCCUUCCAGCUUCUUGUUCAGUCAAUGCAAACUUCAGUCGGAUCGUCCAAGGCAGUGUCUGCGGGGAAGGUGUUCUCUUUCAUCGUAUGUCUAUUGGCUUAACUAAUGCUCCUGAAGUGUCUUGUGAUUUAACCAUCACUGACAGCAAAAAUAAGACAACCACUGUCAAUUAUGUCCAGGACACGUUGUCUAACCGACAUGGCUGGAUGGCUCUGCUCUUGGAUCAAGAGACCUACUCACUGCAAUUUGAGGAUCCUUGCAGCAACAGAUCUUUGCAGUACUCAGCAACAUUUGGCAACUUCUCCCCUGGGAAUUACCUCCUGCUGGUGCACACGGACUUGCCACCAUACCCUUACAUCCUCGUGAGCUGUGGGAGCCGAGCGGGUCGGUCUCUUCCGUCUCUUCCCUCACCUGGUCAAGAUCAAGGCUGUGACUGGUUUUUCAACAGCCAAUCAAGGCAACUCAGCUACCUCGUUUCAGGUGAAGAUCAAGUCCGGGUGAAUCUCCUGGUGAAGGAAGGCGUGGUGCCCCCAACUAUUUCUGCUUCUACCUCUGCAUCUGAAUCAGCUUUAAAAUGGUCCCACUCUGAAGCAUGGCAGGAUGCUAAAGAGGGCUGGGGAGGAUACAACCACAGCAUUCCGGGCCCUGGGGAUGAUGUCCUGAUUUUACCCAACAAGACUGUUCUCGUGGAUACUGAUCUUCCACUCCUCAAGGGCCUUUAUGUGCUGGGGACUCUGGAAUUCCCUGUGGACAGGAGCAAUGUUCUGAGUGUGGCAUGCCUGGUCAUUGCAGGAGGGGAGCUGAAAGUGGGUACUUUAGAAAAUCCCUUAGAAAAAGAACAAAAGCUUCAGAUUCUCCUUCGAGCCUCAGAAGGAAUCUUUUGUGAUCGUUUGAAUGGAAUUCGUAUCGACCCAGGAACAAUUGGGGUUUAUGGAAAGUUUCAGCUUCAGAGUGCUUAUCCUAAGAAAUCCUGGACACAUCUUGCUGCUGAUAUUGCCCCAGGAAAUGAUAGAAUUAUAGUCGGAGAUGCAGUGGAUUGGAAAUCCCCUGACAGAAUUGUCCUUACUUCCUCUUCCUAUGAACCACAUGAAGCAGAGGUCCUCAAUGUGAAGGAGGUGAAGGGCCACCACAUUAGGGUCCAUGGACGUCUCCAACACCGGCACAUCGGAAGUCCCCAUGUCAUGGAGGAUGGCAGGCGCAUUCAUUUGGCUGCUGAGGUUGGACUGUUGACCCGGAAUAUACAAAUCCGGUCGGACACAUCAUGUAGCGGGACACUGCUUGUGGGGUCCUUCAGGAAGUCUCCCACAGAAGAGUUUUCAGGUGCUCUUCAGUUUCUAAAUGUGGAAAUUUGGAACUUUGGGUCACCAUUGUAUUCAUCCAUCGAGUUCACUAAUGUAUCAUUGGGAUCUUGGAUGUUGUCUUCCACUCUGCACCAAAGCUGUGGUGGGGGCAUCCAUGCAUCUGCCAGCCACGGAAUAAUUUUAAAAGACAAUAUAGUGUUUGAUACAGCUGGGCACGGCAUUGAUUUGGAGGGUGAAGCCCAUUCUCUCACUAAUAACCUUGUAGCUCUUACGACACAGUCAGCAUGGUCCACCACUUGGGUGGCAGGGAUCAAAGUGAACCAGGCAGAUGGCGUCCUCCUCCACGGCAAUGUUGUGGCAGGAUCAGAGAGACUUGGUUUCCACAUUCAGGGACACAAGUGCUCCUCUGAAGUAUUUUGGUCUGCCAAUGUGGCCCACUCAAACCUUCAUGGCCUUCAUCUCUAUGAGCAGAUUGGAUCUGACAAUUGUACCAGUGUCUCUGGCUUCCUGGCUUUCAAGAAUUUUGACUAUGGUGCCAUGGUACAGGUAGAGAACAGUGUGGAGCUGGAGAACAUCACUCUGGUAGACAACUCUGUUGGGCUCUUGGCAGCAGUGUACGUGUCACCUGCUCCCCAGCACUCAAGCAAAGCUGUGCAGAUUGUGAUUAGGAACUCAGUCAUUGUGGGCACCAGCUCUUCCUUUGACUGCAUUCUGGACAGAAGGAAGCCUCACUCAGCCAACCUGACCUCUACAGACCGAGCACCGCCCAACCCAAAAGGAGGCCGAGUUGGUAUCCUGUGGCCUGUAUUCACCUCAGUGCAAAAUCAGUGGCCUCGGGAGCCAUUUCACAAAGUGAAAAAUGGUCGUUCAGUUUCAGGAACCAUUAAACUUCAAGAUGUCACUUUUUCAAGUUUUGUGAAAAGUUGCUAUAGCAAUGACCUGGAUAUCUGCAUCCUGACAAAUUCAGAGAGUACUGGAAUGGUUCACCCAAUAAUAGCAGAGAGGACCAGGAUGCUCAAGAUGAGAGAUAGGAACAAGUUCUAUUUUCCUCCAUUGCACCCAAGGAAAGACUUAGAAAGAGUGAUCUGCUCUGAAUCAGAUUGUGAAAAUCCAAGAAAAUAUCUCUUCAAGGACCUGGAUGGCACAGCACUGGGUCUACCCCCACCAGUUUCUGUAUUUCCUAAAACUGAGGCAGAAUGGACUGGAUCCUUCUUCAACACAGGUACAUUCAGAGAAGAACAGAAAUGCACAUACCGACCACUGAUGCAAGGCUUCAUCUGCAAACAGACUGACCACGUGAUCCUAGCUCUUGAUAGUGUCGAUGUCACUUGGGCAAGCCAGAAGUUGUAUCCAGUUGUAUCAGUUACUACUGGUUUUGUUGACACAUUUAGUAGUAUAAAUAAUCAUACUCUUUGUGCUACUUCUGGGUCUGUGUCUACCUUUUAUUCCAUUUUACCUACCAGGCAAAUUACCAAAGUGUGCUUUGUUGAUCAGACUCCUCAAGUUUUGCGUUUUAUUCUGUUAGGGAACAAAAGUACCUCCAAGCUUCUCUUAGGCAUAUUCUACCAUGAAAUCCAAAGCCCCCGCGUUUUCCUGGGUGGAAGUUUUAUUCCACCUACUUUAGUGCAUUCAGCAUCAUCAUUGCUGGAUGAGUCUGUUGGUGUCAACUAUUUCAGCAUCACAGAUAACCUCUUGUAUGUGGUUGUACAAGGAGAGGAGCCCAUUGAAAUACGCACAGAUGUUUCCCUUCAUUUGGCCUUCACCAUGACAUUUUCAUCCCUGGAAAAAGGUUGGGAAGUUGUUAUACUUGAAAAAAUAACUAACUUCUUACAGAUUGACCAAAACCAAAUCAGAGUUACUCAUGAGAUGCCUGGUGAUGAAAGAACCUUAAAGGCCAUUGCUGACAGUAGAGCAAAGAGAAAACGCAAUUGUCCAAGCGUGGCUUGUGCCAGUCAUUAUAGAAGAGGUGGACAACGUAGACCUCUCAUGACGGAAAUGAGCUCCCAUAGGGCCUUCCCACCAGCCACAGCAGAAAUGAGCUCUACCGUGGUUGUCAUUGAAAUCGGUGACCUGCCAACAUCAACGAGGACUGGACUAACUCCAUCCUUAUCAAGUAACACAUUACAAACUUUGGCUCACCAAAUCAUCACAGCUCAACAGACUGGAAUACUGGAGCAUGUUCUGAAUAUGACUGUUGGUGCCCUACUGGUGACUCAGUCAAAGGGAAUCAUUGGCUAUGGAAAUUCUAGCAGUUUCAAAGCUGGAAACUUAAUCUAUGCUCGGCCCUAUACUCUUUUCGUCCUGGUCCAGCCUUCAGAUGGAGAAGUGGGAAAAGAGCUUCCAGUGCAGCCACAGCUCAUUUUUCUGGACAAGCAGUAUCAAAGAGUGGAGUGCUUGGGGUCCCCCGCAGAACCAUGGACCGUUUCAGUUUCCCUGGAAGGGACAUCAGAUUCAGUGCUAAGAGGAUGUGCCCAGGUAAAAACACAGGAUGGUUAUGUGAGCUUCUCCAACUUGGCAGUCUUGAUCUCUGGGUCAAAUUGGAACUUUAUUUUUACUGUCACUUCCCCUCCAGGAGCCAAUUUCACAGCUCGAUCCAGGUCUUUUGCUGUGUUGCCUGAAACUGGAAAGGAGAGAUCAACCAUCAUCCUGGCUGCUUCCCUGUGCUCAGUGGUCUCCUGGCUAGCACUGAGCUGCCUGGUGUGCUGUUGGUUUAAGAGAAGCAAACAUAAAAAAACAAAACCUGAGGAAUCUUCUGAGUCCCAGACUAAUGAUCAAAAGAAUCAGACCCAUGCUCCAUCCAAAUGGCGAGCAUCACAAAUACAAAUGGAAAAGGAAGAUUCCAGGAAGGCAGAAGAUAUGAGAAUGAAGGUCCUGCCUGGCCGACUGCACCAGCUCCCCCACCAGACACUGGACGGAGUGUCCAGAAGGAAGCUCGGCCACCGCCGUGCUGCUCCAGGCUAAAAGGGAGAACUGGACUCUGAGCUCCUCCUUCACCUGUAAAAGGGCAGGGCAAUCAUAAAUGCUUAUGGACGGAAGGAGUAUCGUAUCAGUGAUCUUACUCCAACACGAGGAAAAUUAUAAGUGCUCAAGCACUUUUUUAAAAAAACUUAGUUUUAACUUAAACUUGUUAUGAUUCAUCAAUUUAAUAAUCACAUAAUACUGAUUUAUUUUCAAACGAGUUUUUAUUAAGCAUCCCUUGGGUUGAGGACCGAUAAAGCUUGUCUUGUGGAAAAUUGUGAAAAGGUGUAGUCAGCCACAAUUAUUUCUGCAGUUACAGAAACACAUGUAUCCGGUGUGGGAACAUUGGAAGGAUAGGAGAACACCCUAUUCCUCCCCCAACUCAUAUCAGAGGUUAUCUUCCAACAACCCCACUUCUUGCUUUUUCACAAGUGAAAAAUUUUAUUUCAUGACUUAAAUUCAGCCGUUUUGGGGAGCCCAUACUAGCGCAAGCAUAUUAAGUGCUUACAUUUGAAAAUUUUAUUUUCAUGGCUUUCACUGAGAUUUUAGUUAAGGACAAAGGUGUGAAAAUGCUAAGUUUGGAGAAGGAAAUUUUCUGUGGAUUACAACUACAUUUUUCAGUGGCUUUUUCCAUUAGCACCUGGAUCAAAUUUGCAACUAGAGGAAAAUUAUAUUUGGACACCACAGAUAGCCAGAUGGCCAAGUCGAUCACCAACUAACUCCUUCAUCAAAUAACAUACUUUUUUGGAUAAAAAAUGCAUGGAGCUGCCCAAGAAAAGGAAGGAAAGAUUACAUCAGGCACUACUGUCCUAGCCUGGAUUAAGAGCCUAAGGGACAGCAGAGCAAAGGAUCAACUAGCACUGACAAACUGAGUGAGGAUAUAAGGCUGAUUUAAACUCAUUUACAUAUUUGCAUAGGGCCUCUCUCUGUUCAUAAUAAAGGAUACAUUUGGCAACCUGACAUUGUCCUUGGCUCUGUACCUCUGAGUCUUUGCACUCCAAGAAUAUAAAACAAAGGCAGCAGAAAUGAAGAGAAACUCAUAAAGUUGCUCUCAGAUUUUCCUAAAGUGUAAACCAGGAUUUCUCAGUCUCUGACAAACUAAGGUGUUUUCCUGUGUUUGCGCUGACACAGAGAAAGGAAACAUGACACCCUGUUAGUGAAUUUUAAUAAUGACUCCCUCAAGUUAGGACUCAUAGGAAGGACUGGCAGGAAGCCAUCCUCUGGGGUAAGUCUGUGGCGAAGUCUCUCUUACCCUAGUGUGAAUUAUCGGGAACAGGCUCAGCCUCUCUGUCUACUCCCAAAGCAUCGGUUAUCUCAUCUCCUAAGGCUUUUCCUGAAGACAGGUGGGCAGCUUCACUGUAGCACUGUGUUGGACUCUCAGGGACAUUUAAGUAGAUAUUGAGGUUGGUGUUUCUAGGCGAUUAUAGUCUAGGCUAUUUGUGUAAGGAAGCUAUUGAAGAGCAACCUGGCCUGCAGAAAUGUAUUCUAAAGGGGAAAAUACUCUUUGCUGAUAUGUUUUGGGGGCCACCAACAGUGCUUGAAAGCACAACAAAAUAAAAAAAAUGAACUUGAA